AGCACAUCAAGCAUGAUGUGCUGGAGCCGCAUCGCCUCGCGGGGGUUGCGUGCUACAUUGAGCACCCCCAUUAACGCAGUACCUCGUGGUGCAAUGGGGCUGCGCUACAAGACAGGUGUGCAACCCCCAAGUGCUGUCAAUGUGGCCAAAAACGCGGCGGUGACACCCGCGACCCACGCGCCCACAUCUGGAUCGACGAUAGCGACGACGGCUUUCAAGAGCAAGCGCGGCCGUAUUUCGAAGCCUCGAUCUGGCGCCUAUUUGCUGCUGGGAAGGUACCAGGUAGACAGGUUGCUGAAAAUCAAGCAAAACAAUGCUGUGAAGGCGGCAAAGAGAGCGGCGGAAGAAGCGGUGAAGGAGGCCGCUGCAGCAGCAGAAGCGGACGCCAUUCACCGACUACGUAACUCGCUGACGCUGCGCUUCAGUAACGAGAAUUCAUAUCUGAACUGGGCGAGAAAUGGAGUGCUGUCCUCGGCCGUCGGAGUUGCAAUGUACGCGCAGGAGCAUCACCGCGGAGCUCAGCUGAGUGGGGCAGGUCUGCUGCUGUUGGGCUUCGGAUACAUUGGCGUGGGCACGGCAAAGUAUAUUUAUUACAUUUUCCGCUUCCGCCAUGUCAUGGAGCUGUCCUGGGCAAGCGUCUUUGGAACGAUUUCCCAUGCGGCGUGGGGGUUGGCCAUUUGGCUGACGGCUGUUGCCUCCUUCCUGGUACAAACGUGUUGA